AUGUCAUCGACCGAGCAAAUAAUUCUAGCCACUGCAUUGGUUUUAGUGAAGGACUCAUCGGGAAGUUAUCAAGUGGGUAGAACCUUAGUUGAUUCAUGCUCUCAGGUCAACUUCAUAACGGAGGAGUUUUCAAAGAAGCUUAGUUUAUCAAAACAUAAACAUCGGCAGCAUGUUUCCAGUAUUGGUAGUUCGUUGACCAAUAUGAAGUAUCAGACGCUUACAUCAAUCAAAUCUCGUCAUUCAAAUCUUGAACUUGCUUUAAACUUUGGUAUUACGAAUCACAUCGCAUAUCAACCAAGUUCUGAAAUCGAUAUAUCAUCGUGGAAGGUUCCACUAAAUACACCUCUCGCCGAUGAGCAAUUCUUUAAAUCCAACCGCGUUGACCUUUUGCUUGGAGCUGAAAGUUUCUUUGACAUUUUGUCUGUCGGUCAAAUCAAACUAGGUGAAAAUCUUCCAGUACUUCAAAAAACACUAUUAGGAUGGAUCGUAUCUGGCAAGUACAAUGGUCAGCCAUUUGCAUCACCAGCAGCAAAAUGCCUAUUAUCAUUUGAAGAUACAGUUUCCGAUCAAUUAGAAAUGAUGUGGAAGAUAAAGGAAGUGCAACCGGCUUCAAAGUUAGGUCACCAGCACAUGUUGCAUGUGAGUCAUUAUACCGUGAAACGGUCCACCAAAAUGCGACGGGAAGUCGUUUGGUUACCAUUUAAAGAUUCGCCAGAUUGUCUUGGUUUGAUACACAAUAUCGCCUUACGCCGUUUUUGUUCUGUAGAACGGCCCUUGUCAUCUAAUCGUGCACUGAAGCAAGACUAUCAAGGAUUCAUGAAACAAUAUCGAGAGCUCGGACACAUGACGCGUGUUGAGAUUCCGACAACCAACGAACCACAUUAUUAUAUUCCUCAUCAUUGUGUUUUAAAACCGUCGAGCACAUUGACCAAGCUGAGGGUGGUUUUUGAUGCGUCAUGUCGCAACGCUCAUUAA